AUUGGCGCCAAACAGCUAAAAAAUGGCAAUUGCUUUUGUAAAACAAAGUUUAAUGAGAUCAAUAUAAUUGAAAAAACAAGAAGAAUUUACCAGAGGGCUAAAAUUAUCACCUGAAUAUGUCAAAAGACGCCACAAGUUACGAAAACUACAAUAAUUGAUUCAGAAAUUUAUUGUCUAAUUCGAAUGCUUCUGGCUAGAAAGCCCAUCGAUUGAUUUUUUUUUUCAAAUUUUAAUAUAAUAGAUAAAAGUUCACAGAAAUUUCUUUCAGUUGAUAUUUGAAAAAUUUAAUCAAAAAUUUGGGAAAAUUGAAUUUUAGUUAAUUGAAAACUAAUAAACCGCAGACUUUAUAGUCUGGGCGAAACGUUUUUCUCUAAGGAGGAGGGCAUUAUUAGUUUCUAAAAGGGUCUAAAAUUAUUUAGAAACAAUGGAAAUAAUUUCAUCUUGUUUCCAAUACAGCCAAAUAAAAAUAACAGUUCAAAAAGCGUUUUUUUUUCCAAUUAAACACCUGGAUCAAUUUCCUGACACUAUUGAAGCAUCAAAAAUGACAUAUAAUAGUAUAUUUUCAUUCUAUGUCGCAUAAAUAUAUUUAGUUGCCCGGAAUAAACAAAAGAAAACAAAAAAAAACAUCACUGUUUUCGUUGAUGCUUGAUUAGACUUUUUUUCAGAUUACAUUGUUAGAAAAAUGUCGGAUUUUGAGCUAAAAGCUGAGAUAAUCUGCCAUAAAAUUCGUUUGAUUAGUUUUGAAGCACAAAUUUAACGCAAGAUUUUUACCACCAGAAUACCAGACCACAGCGCAGGUCUCAAUUUUGUGCUGAGUUGUACUCGAAUUUGCAGCCUUGUCUGUCUGGAAUGAAUCAUGGUUAAAAGCAAUCACUGUCGUUCACAUCUGAUUUUAAGUAGUCAGUCAGCCUCUUCAAUACUCCUCAAGCUUAUCAGCCCUCGGAAAAUUAAUCACCAGAUUCUCCAGCCAAGAAGACUGGCCAGAGACCUUGAAAUUCAAUGUUAAACUAAAUCGUCGCCCAGACUUCUCUUGACAAGAAAUAACUGGAGAACGUGAAAAUCACCAACACCUGCAGAUACAAGAAAGUUUGACAGCCCGACAAUAACAGAAACUGAAUUUGAAAAGACCACAGGCCUCGAAUUCCAAAUGUUUCAAAUGUCCGUUUGAACCGUGCAGAAACACGAGAAAAUUUCCAUCUCAAUCCGAACUCACAACCCGAGCAGCAGACAACAUUGAAACCUGAUUGGUCCUCGACGACCAUGAAUGACUCAUCGACUAUGGCCGAGUAUUCGGCGCCCGAGUGGCUGAUCAUGACCAUUUCUUCGCUUCGUUUGAUCAUAACUGUGGCCGGUAUGGUCGCUAAUUUGAUGGUUUGCGUGGCCAUAGUCAAGUUCAGAUACCUUCAGAAUGUGGGAAAUUAUUUCGUAUUUAAUUUGGCCCUCUGUGACCUUUUGUCGGCACUGUUUGACCUCACACAGAUUGGCAUCAACUUCCAACAGGGUUUCCCGACCGUGUUUGGAUUUCUGCAGGCGGAGACCAUUCCAUGUGACCUUGAGAUGGUCGGCAACACUCUCACAUCCGUCAGUGUGUUCUUCCUAGUCGCCAUCAGCACAGACAGAUUCAUCUUCAUAGAGUACCCUAUGCGCUACCACGGAUGGAUCCAGAAGACAUACAAGGUCCAGAUAGGACUUAUCUGGAUUGGGACCUCGAUUGUCUGGAGUGGGAUGAACUUCCAGAUGAUAUGCCACGGGUUCCACGGGGAGCCGGGCAGGUUUGCGAUCCAGUACCAGCUGAUCACGAUCGCCAUCUUCGCCAUCUGCUUCGUCUUCAUGGCCGUCCAGUACUCCCGCAUACUAGCCACUGCCAGACGACAGUACAUAAGGUCUAAACAGAUGACCUGCUACUCGUCCCAGAUUCGAAACGGAGCUUCGACUUCAAACGGGAAGUCAAACGACAAGAAAAACAGCGGCGGCGGCGGGCAUUCGAUGAGUUUCAACAGUGAAAUUCCUGUCAAAAUGAUUGUCGGAUUUGUCAUUAUUGUCGGAAUGGCUUGUCUGACUUUUCUCGUGUUUCCCAUCCCCUUCUACGUGUUUUUGAUCUUCGGGCUCCAUAAAGACGCGAACUGGGUGGGUUUGAUGAGCGUAUUGAAACAGAUUACAGGACUCCAGUUUACCCUGAAUACAAGCUGCAACCCGUAUAUUUACGCGCUGACUCAGAAAAAGUACCGAGACGCGUUCAGCGAGCUACUGAAGUCAAUCUUCAUUCGGAAAAACGAAGCGGACGACCGACUUGAUUUGGACGUCGCCCAGGAAACACUGUGCUGGUGUUAUAAACUGCCGAGCGGACGAAAUAAUGGGACUACCACAGCAAUGACUGGAAAUAUGACAAUGAUGGAUGAAACUUGCACUUGAACUGAGGUUCGAAUCCCGCUGUGUGUUUUUUUUCUAGAAGAAACAUCAUAUUUUUUGCAAUUUGCGACUAAAUACUUUCAGUGCAGUGGAGAAGCUAAGUUCGAAUUGGGAACUCUCUAACUGUGGAUAUUAAAAUACUGAUGUUCAAAGUUUUUGUAAAUUUUGUCGUACUUCUAUCUAUAAAUCCCCUCAAAAAUAGUGCACAUUUGCAAUUUAAAACAGCUUUUGAUGUUUUUGAAAAAAGUAUUUUUUAGCAAUUAUCGACGGAGUUUUUGUCAGUGUUUUUUCUUUGUUUGAAAAAUAUUGCAUCUGCUGCAGAAGAGUUUCAAUACAGUAGUUUGUUGUUAUUCGAUAAAAAAAAAGAGAUGUCAUUCGCUGUAAAAAAAAA